AUGCCAAAUCAAACCGACGAGCAUUCGGUGAAAAGUAAGCACCGGUCGGAAAUGUUGGAUCUAGAAGUUUCGGAUAAAAUCACAAUCAAGGUCAUGCUUCUUGGCGACAGUUGCACCGGUAAGACUUGUCUCUUGAUUCGUUACAAAGAUGGUGCUUUCCUCAACAACAACUUUAUUUCUACUGUGGGAAUUGAUUACAGAAACAAGUUGGUCACAAUGGGAGACAAGAAGGUGAAACUUCAGAUCUGGGAUACAGCUGGACAAGAGCGUUUCCGUUCCGUCACUACUUCUUACUACCGUGAUGCGGACGCUCUUCUCCUGGUUUACGACAUUGCGAACCGCGCGAGUUUCGAGAAUUGCCGCAACUGGCUCUCUCAAAUCAAAGAGUUUGGAAAGGAGGCGGUACAAGUGACACUUGUUGGCAACAAAUGUGAUUUGCCAAGAGCUGUGCCAACGGAUGAGGGAAAACGUCUUGCCGAGGCAUAUGCAAUUCCAUUCAUGGAGACCAGCGCCAAAACUGGACAUAACGUUGACAGAGCGUUCCUUGGACUUGCAGAGAGAAUGAUCAAGAUGAAAUACGGUUUCGUUCCGGGAGGAGAGAUGGCUGACACAAUUUCAAUUAACGAGCCGAAGACGGCAGAACUCAGCAGAUGCUGCAAUUUCAACUAA